AAACUUGGCUGGACAGAUAUUAGUAAAAUAUCAAGAUUAUUUUAAACUCAUUUAUUAUGAUCAUGCUCAGUAUAGUGCAAUGAACGUCGCUGCUAAAGAUAGCAUGGCUGACAAUGAGUUGGAAGAAACAGAAGACAACCUUGUCAACUUGAUACUUGAAAAGGGAAGACUUUUAGCUAGUUCAAAUAAAGUACGACUGUUACUCUCACGUUCAAAUUACUGGCUUCAUUCACAGUUUAUAGGUGGAGGGUUGCCUUGUACCUGAAGCUGCAAAGAAGGCAAAUAUUCCUCGUAUCACAGCCUAUAGAACGAGGAAUGAAUUUAACGAAAGUGGUGGUAAAGAACUUCCUGGAUUAAAAAAAAACCAAAAAAAAAAAAAAAAAAAAAA